UGGACUCGAACCUGCACCUUCAUCAGCUCCAGCAGCGGUUCCAUCCGGUUCUGUUCAGGCUGGUCCUGAUUCUCGGGUUCUCCGGUACCAGGUCUCUCGUUCUGCCGUGAGUCCUCCUCUGAGACUUUGAUCUCGCAGUGGCUUCUGGGAAAUAAAGCGUUUCGGUUCGCCGUUAGUCGGUAGAAAUGUCAGCCGUCAGUCCGAACCAGACCCAGAACGGCGAGCCGAACCGCGCCGGAACCGAGCCGGAGCAGGGGGAGGGCGGUGUCCUGCAUCCGCAGACCGUGUUCGUCAUCCUGGACUCGGCUGAAACUCUCAACCUGGUCCGGGUGGAGUCUGGGAUCGUCGCUGACAUUGAGGUCGACAGUUUGCUGCCUUCAGACUGCGACACCUUCUACGAGAUCAAGAGUCAGCCAAUCAGCAUCAGCUCGUCUUCCUCGUCUUCUUCUUCACUUCCAGCCGUCAUGCCUUCCAGGGUUCUGCUGCGCCAGGACCUGAUGCGUCAGCAGGCGCAGCAGGAGCAGCAGAAGGAGGCGGAGCUACAGCAGCUGCUGCGACGCUGCGAUUCCUCUUCUCCUGUGGGCGUGUCGUCGUCCUGCCAGCCUCCUGCUCAGGUUCCUGUGGAGGUUCUGAAGGUGCAGACUCACCUGGAGAACCCCACCAGGUACCACAUCCAGCAGGCCCAGAGGCAGCAGGUCCGCCAGUACCUGUCAACUACCAAGACCACCAAUCAGCAGCCAGUUGCACCUCAGGGCCACGCCCCCAAACAACCGGAGGGUCCCAAACAGGAAGUGGAGGAGACCGUCAUCGAUGACAUCAUCAGCCUGGAAUCGAGCCUAAACGAUGAGUUCCUCACGCUGAUCGACUCAGGACUGCAGCUUGCCAACACGUUGCCGGUGUCUGACGUGCUGGACAUGUACGGCAGAGGGACGGCCACGCCCACCAUCACCGUUAGCAACAGCUGCCCCACCGACCUGCAUGUUGUCAAGACAGAGCUGAGCGAUGUUGAGGCCAAAGCGCUGAUGAAAGAGAGACAGAAGAAGGACAAUCACAACCUGAUCGAGAGGAGGAGACGCUUCAACAUCAACGAUCGCAUCAAAGAACUCGGAGCUCUGAUCCCCAAAUCCUCAGACCCGGAGACCAGGUGGAACAAAGGAACCAUCCUGAAAGCGUCGGUGGAUUACAUCCGCAAACUGCAGAAAGAACAGCAGAGAACCCGAGAGAUGGAAGAGAGACAGAGGAGGCUGGAGAACACCAACCGAUCACUGCUGCUGAGGAUACAGGAACUGGAGGUCCAGGCUCGGCUUCACGGUUUGUCCUCGUCUGCCCCCCCCCCUCCCUCCUCCUCCCCUCUGGCCCCACCCACCCUUCUGUCCUCUCCCCUCCCUCCCUUCUCUUCCCCCUCCUCCCCCCUGGUGACUCCUCCCCUGGGUCUGGACGCUCUGAGCUUUGUGGACCUGGAGGACCCUCGGGGGCGUCCGGUCUUCUCCUCGGAGUUGCUGCCGGAGGCGGAGCUGCAGGGCGUCCUGCUGAUGGAGGACGGUGUGAUGUCCGACCCGCUGCUGUCCUGCGGGGCCUCGAAGACGAGCAGCCGGAGGAGCAGCUUUAGCAUGGACGAGGACCUCUGAUGACUUCAGCACGGUGAGAUCUGAUUGGCUGAGCUGGAGACGGGACUCCGCCUUUUUUAUCUUCUAUUUUAACCCGUGACAUCAUCCAAACAAUCUGUGCCCAGCAUGAUGCCGUGUCGCCAUGGUAACCACUGCACAUCUUCCUGGAUGCUAGGUGUCCUGUAAAGUUGUCACGACAAUGACUGGGUCCUUGCUUGUAACCAUGACGUCACCAUGGUUACCACAGUGUGCCCCAAAAGUGUUGCCAUGAUAACCCCUGUCUACAGUAUCCAUGGUGACUGUUCAUUUUCUGCAUUGUCCCUGAGACUGUCACCAUGCUAACCACAGCAGUGUCCUCCUGUGUUCCCAUCAGUUACCAUGGUAACCACUGUGUGGUGACUGUUGAGUUCUGCAUCAUCAUGAAAACAAGAAACAGAGACAGCUGGGCACUGAUUGGCUGCUGAUGAACAAGCUUGCAGGUGAUUGGCUGAGCCGGUUUCAUCCGCUGAGAAGCUGCAGGUGUGAUCUCACCUGGACGCUCAGACUGUAGACCUGAAACAAACUGACAGAACAAAGAGUCGACCUUAAGGGAAACGGUUCCAUCUCCACACGCUGCCACCAGUUUGGACAGGUUUCAUUCUACUGGUUCCAGUUUGGUCACAGCUAGCAUUUUAUUGUUGUUACUGGUGAAGAAGCUAGCUCUCUGUUAGCCAUCACCCACCGCUAACUUACCCCGCUGUUAGCAUCACCCACCGCCAACUUAGCUCACUGUUAGCAUCACCCAUCGCUAAGUGAGCUCACUGUUAGCCAUCACUGUUAGCAGGGUAAGUGUUAGCUGAAGCUAAUAACAUGCUAACUCAUAGCUACAGCUGAUAGCAGGGUAAGUGUUAGCUGAAGCUAAUAACAUGCUAACUCAUAGCUACAGCUGAGAGCAGGGUAAGUGUUAGCUGAAGCUGAUAGGAGGCUAACUCAUAGCUACAGCUGAUAGCAGGGUAAGUGUUAGCUGAAGCUGAUAGCAGGCUAACUCAUAUCUACAGCUGCAUUCUUUAAGGACUCAGAGUUCAAACCAAAUGUUGUUUGUCGUGAUGUUCAGCUUCAUGGUUCACAUUCUGGGCAGGCAUUUUGAGGAGUGAAGGAAGAAGGUCUCCAACACUGAUCAGGUUCUUCCAGUCCUCAGGUAUUUUCCCACAAAGUUUCACUGUCAUUCUGAGUCAUCCUUUCUCAGUAACUCCAUGAGUUCUGUAGUUUGGAGGUAAAUGGUCAACACUGAUAUGGUGCCGUUCUACCUUAAUGGUACGCAAAGCGCUGUACAAUUUGUAAUCAAUCAAUCAAUCAAUCAAUCAAUCAAUCAAUCAAUCAAUCAAUCAAUCAAUCAAUCAUAUACACAUUCCACACACCAUUGGUGGCAGAACUUCCAUGCUAGGUGCUUCCAGCCAUCAGAUCAACGACAUACUUAGAUCACCUGAUAUGAUGACCUGAGAUCACCUGACCUGAUGGGAAAUAAAACGGGAUUGUUUGAAUUCAGCCAUUAAAGGAUGCAGCCUCUGGAUUAGCACACAGUGACUGCUUGCAGUCCGCUGCUUACUAAGCUAGCCAUUAGCUGAACUAACCAUUAACUGAGCUAGCUGUUAGCUGAGCUAGCCGUUAGCUUUAUAGGCUUGAUUUAGUUCAGUGGCUCAGUCAGUAAUCACCCAGCUGAAGCUUUCUCAUCUGUUAAAUGUAUUUUAUUCACCCAGAGAUAAACUGUAAGAGCUAACAGCUAAAGUGUGUACAAACUGUGUAAUGUAACCUAUUUCAAGCAUUGAACAGAGCUAGCUCACUGUUGUUGCUGUUCUCAUUUACUAGUUUGUGGCCAACUGCAAGCUUAGCUAGUCUAAAAAUGACUGGUUGACAGUUAGCAAGUCUAAAAAUGACUAGCUGACAGUUAGCUAGUCUAAAAAUGACUGGUUGACAGUUAGCUAGUCUAAAAAUGACUAGCUGACAGUUAGCUGGUCUAAAAAUGACUGGUUGACAGUUAGCUAGUCUAAAAAUGACUAGCUGACAGUUAGCUGGUCUAAAAAUGACUAGCUGACAGUUAGCUAGUCUAAAAAUGACUGGUUGACAGUUAGCUGGUCUAAAAAUGACUGGUUGACAGUUAGCUAGUCUAAAAAUGACUGGUUGACAGUUAGCUAGUCUAAAAAUGACUAGCUGACAGUUAGCUAGUCUAAAAAUGACUGGUUGACAGUUAGCUAGUCUAAAAAUGACUAGCUGACAGUUAGCUGGUCUAAAAAUGACUAGCUGACAGUUAGCUAGUCUAAAAAUGACUGGUUGACAGUUAGCUAGUCUAAAAAUGACUAGCUGACAGUUAGCUGGUCUAAAAAUGACUAGCUGACAGUUAGCUAGUCUAAAAAUGACUGGUUGACAGUUAGCUGGUCUAAAAAUGACUAGCUGACAGUUAGCUGGUCUAAAAAUGACUGGUUGACAGUUAGCUAGUCUAAAAAUGACUGGUUGACAGUUAGCUAGUCUAAAAAUGACUAGCUGACAGUUAGCUGGUCUAAAAAUGACUAGCUGACAGUUAGCUAGUCUAAAAAUGACUAGCUGACAGUUAGCUGGUCUAAAAAUGACUAGCUGACAGUUAGCUAGUCUAAAAAUGACUAGCUGACAGUUAGCUGGUCUAAAAAUGACUAGCUGACAGUUAGCUAGUCUAAAAAUGACUGGUUGACAGUUAGCUAGUCUAAAAAUGACUAGCUGACAGUUAGCUGGUCUAAAAAUGACUAGCUGACAGUUAGCUGGUCUAAAAAUGACUAGCUGACAGUUAGCUAGUCUAAAAAUGACUGGUUGACAGUUAGCUAGUCUAAAAAUGACCAGCUGACAGUUAGCUGGUCUAAAAAUUACUAGUUAACUGUCAGGUUUAGCUCAGUGUUCCAGUACACAGCAUCAGUAUCACAGAAAUGAUUUUACCCUGUAUCCCUCACAGUAAUCAGAUUACCUCUCAGUAAUAGAGUACUGUCUCUGAUGUCAGAUUAGUGGUUACAUUGAGGCUCCACAGCAGGAACUCAGUGGAACUAAGCUGAGGUUCUUUGGUUCCUCCUUCAGUCCUCCUCAUGGAGGAAACCAGAGUCCACUCAUUUCUGCUCACAUCUUCUGUGUUCUUCAGCUGCUCUCUGCUGGAGGGGUUGUGUUGCUCUACCUUUCUCUGGAGAACACUUCAGAGGUUCUGGUGGCUUCAGGACUUACACUGUCCAGGUCCUGCUGGGACAACCCACUCCUUCUGGAAAUAAAGUAUUUUUGAUCCUCCGUGCUUCACUGUCAGGACCAUGCAUCCACUGGGGUAGUCCUGGUCAGGUUCUCACCAAACAUCUGGACUCCAUCUGAGCCCAACUUAUUGAUCUUCAUCUGACCAAAGAAUGUUCUCCAGCAUCCAUCAGGCUUCUUCUCAUGUUCUUCAGCUUAGAGGUAAUCAGAUUACUGUGAGGCAAUAUUACCAGAUCUGCUGUGGGGUUUCACUUUGUCAGGUCAUCGUUUUUCACCAAAACUAACUUCAGUCUGAGCAGUUACCAUGGAGACAGCCUGACCAGAGUUCUAAAAGGGAUUUCUGUUUGUCUUUAUUCAUGAUCUGUUGUAUUCCUGUUUAUUUUUUAUAGAUUUGUCACAUUUUAUAGAAAUAAAUCCUGAAGCUGAA